AUGCCAAAAUCUUGUGCAAAUUGUGGUGCAACCCGUCGGAGAGGUACAGAAACGUCAACGAAAAGCGGAUUGCUGGUAAGUGAUCGACUGAUUAUUGGUACUCUGAAAAGUGGUGGUGGUGGUGGUUCGAACAUAAUUCGUUGUUGUAUAUUGCACAAAAAAGGUGAUGAACGUGGUGACCAUGAACAUGAGCAUGUAUGUAGUGAAUGUAAAGCAUUCGGACGUAAUAAACUACCUGAUGUGUUUCGAUGUCAUUUUUGCUCAUUUGCCUGCUUAUAUAUGGUUUGGUUUGAUCACGUUAACGCCUAUCACCGACGUGUGCAGAAUAUUCGUCAACUCGAGAGACUUCUACGAGCGCCACAAACGCGAUUAAGACCUGAGUCAUGUACACUCAAUUAA